AUGUUGAGCUUUGGACUAGUUUCAACACAGACACAGUAUUUGAUGGCGAAAAUGCUAUCCGAUGACGAAUUCGUCGAUAAAUUUCUUGCUGAGAGUGCGAAGAGGUUGGCACAAAGGUACAGAGUUUUCACGGCCGGAUUAAUCAAAGUCGGAAUCAAGUGUUUACAAAGUAACGGUGGACUUUUCGUGUGGAUGGACUUAAGAGGACUUCUUAAGAAUGCGACAUUCAAAUCAGAACUCAAACUAUGGAGAGUGAUUAUUCAUGAAGUUAAGAUCAAUGUUUCACCUGGUGUUUCAUUUCAUUGCUCUGAGCCAGGUUGGUUUAGAGUGUGUUAUGCUAACAUGGAUGAUAGAGAUGUGCAAAUUGCAUUGCAAAGGAUUAGAUCAUUGGUGACUCAGAAUAACAAAGAGGCUAUGGUUUCUGAUAAGAAUUCCAAACCUUGCUGGCAUAGUAAUUUGAGGUUGAGCCUUAAAUCAAGAAGGUUCGAUGAUAUUAUGAUGUCACCUCAUUCUCCAAUUCCUCAGUCACCUUUUAUGAAAGCCACUACUUGA